CAUGUUUCGCGAAUUGGGAAAGGUAGAAUUCUUUCGUGCGAUUAGAGAGAAGAAAGACAUUUUAUUUGGAAAAUUUAGUCCCACUUUAACAAAGACGUUGAAAAGUGAACAUUGGGGUGAAGUAAGAAAAAUAGCGCUUGCAAUGGGUCUUAUCAAUGAAACCAAGCAAUAUACCUAGUGCCGUGAUGUACUGGUGCCGUUGCAGUUAGUAGGCAUUCGCAUCGGCGGAUGCCUACUAACGGCCACGGCACCGGAGGCGCGAUUGCCAAAAAGACGGAGAUAGAUCUGUUAGUGUACGAGAUUUUGGGAAAAGAUUCACCAGUUUUGAAUGGAAUUGAAGAAACAUCGGCAGAAAUGGAACCAAUUCCAAACUUUUUUGAUAAUGUGUCCACCAAUAGCCCGGAGCGAAACGUAAAUCUUUUUAAUAAUGGAUCUUUAACCGCCAAUAGUCCGAAACCAACUGUAAUAAAUAAUGUAGCUUCAUCCUCAUCCACGGAAAUCAUGACCAACAAAGGAAAAAGAAAGCGUUCUAGUAAAGAAGAUGACAACAAGAGUACUUUAGAAGAUUUAAGGAAAAAAAAUAAAGCUACAAGUUACGUAUUUAGAAAUCCAAAAUCAUAAAACCGCACUGGAAAUUUUUGCUCUGGAAAAAGAACACGGACUUCAAAAAUCUAGAUUUACACAAAAGUUUUAUAACACAAAUGUGCCUCUUGUAGAAUAUCCAAGCGAAGAAGAAUUUUAGUUAUGUUUUUAUACGUUUGAUAGUUUAAAUAAAGUUUAGUAUUUCUAUA